AUGUAAAGAACUUCUAAAUGUUGAUUUCAGAUGGCUUUUUCCAAACCAAAAAUUCCAGGCACUGCCCAACACUUUCUAGAGUGUGGUUCUGAAGAUUGUGUGAGAAAUUGUGAAUUUUACUGCAAUUCCUGCCAUCAACAGAUGUGUAAACAAUGCAGAGACCAACAUUUGAAAAGUAAAAAAAACAAGAACCAUGAGGUGGUCCUUUAUCAGCACCGCAGAAGACAACUUCCUGUGGAGAAAUGCAAGAUCCACCCCACCAAAGAAAUAGAUAUUCUCUGCAAAGAAUGCAAUGUUCCUUUAUGUUCAAAGUGUUCAACAAUGCAAGAGCACCAUGGGCAUAUAUUUACAGAUUUAGAAACUAUUUACACAGAUAAGUUUGAACUUUGCCAAAAGGAAAUCUCUAAAAUCCAUAACUAUUUUAUUCCAACAUCACAGGAUUUACAGAGAGAAGUUCAGGAAGAUGCCACUGAAGUUAAACAGAUCAUGGACAACAUACGGACAUCCAUGAAGGCUGAAGCCGAGUCUCUCAAAAACAUGGUGGACACAGUGCUCUCAGAAAAAAUGGAAGAAUUACACCAAAUAGAGAAGUCACUACUGGAGAAAUUAAAGAGCCAAGAGAAGACAUUUAAUGACUAUAUUGCCUAUCUUAGUGAUCUUGUUAAAGAGUUCCAGAGUUACCUGUCCUCUACUGAGCUCACUAACGUCACAACUAAACUUCCAGAGAACAUAAAAAUACAAUCCAUACCAGAAACCAUGAAACCUGUCACACCAGAAUUUUCUCUGCCUAUUUACAGCAAAAAAGAUGUUGCUAAAUUACUGGGGAAGAUAACUGUAACAGAUAGAAAGGAAGAACUAAGAAGUGUAGAGCCAAUGGAAAUUCCUCCUACUGCUACAUCAAUGAAAUCUACAAGUGAACAGACAAAACAAGAUAAACAUGUGAAAUCUGACAAGAAACAAACAAUGUCUCUAUCUGUCUCUGUCACCAAGGUCAGGGAGUUCAAGGUACCAGGUGUUGAUGAUGUAUACCAUGUAUCACUAGAUCAAUCAGACAGACUCUGGAUCAGUGACAUGUUUGGUAAUCUUGUCCAAACAGAUCUACAGGGGAAUGUGAUACAGAAGAUAGAAACCAGUGAUGGACUUGGUUACCACACAGUGACACAGGACGGGGAUCUGAUCUUUACAGACAAAGAUAAGAAUGUCAUCAAUAGGAUAACACAGGAUAAUAAUAUCACUGAAUUCAUUGAAACUGGAGACUGGAUACCACUCAGCAUACACUCCUCCCACAUCAACGGGGACUUACUGGUGGGGAUGAAGAAGGAUAGAGAGGCUAAAGUCACCAGGUACAACAAGACAGGAAAAGAACUACAGAACAUACAGAGGGAUAACAAAGGACAGGGACUGUAUAGAAUACCACGCUACAUCACAGAAAACAUCAAUGGAGAUAUCUGUACAUCAGACUAUUGGAAAGGAGUAGUGGUGGUGAAUAAAUCAGGACAACACAGGUUCUCCUACACUGGUCAGGAGUCAGGGUUUGAUCCCUAUGGAAUCUGUACUGAUGUCCUCGGUCACAUCCUGGUGUGUGAUGUUAUCAGUAACACUGUUCACCUCCUUGAUCAGGACGGUCAGUUCUUGUCUCUAUUACUCACACAACAACAAGGGGUAAAGUAUCCCCGUAGUGUGUGUGUGGAUGAUGAGAACAAUCUCUAUGUAGGACAACUAUCCACCAACACACUGACUCUGUUCAAGUAUACAAAGUGAUUCUUAAUUUGUUGAAAACAUACUAGGUACAACAGUUAUUACUCUGAACUGAAAAAAAAAAACUCUAGUUAACUUGUGAACAGAAAUUAAAUUGGUAUCCUGCAUAAUGUUUUCUACAUUGAUCACUGUGUUUAUUAUAUUAUAUAUAGAAUUUAAUGUACUCUUGAUUAAAUUGGCAAUUUCUGCAAAAUGUCGAUCAGAACUCAAAGCUUAACCCCAGUA